CAAUGUCAGAAAUAAUAAAUAAAGACAGUCGGAAUGUAGGUUUUUAGGGCAUGUUUCUAGGCUAGGGUUAGACUAGACCCAUUUAAUUCAUUUCUCCAGUUCUUUCUUUCUUUCUCCCUUUCUUGAUUUAACAGAUUCCAGCUGUUUCUUUCUAUCUCUCUCUCCCUCUCCCUCUCUUCAAUAUCAUUAUCUUCAUCUUCUUCCUUCUUCAUUGAGAUCAAUAAUAUAUUUCCAUGGCUUGUUCUGAAAAUUGCUCUGAGAUUUUGGAAGAAUGUCUAAGUAGUGAAUCUGGUUGGACCAUGUAUCUCAAUGACGAUGAUGAAGAUGAUGAAGGUAAUCAUGGCGGCGAUAUUGUUGAUGAUCAAGAUAGUGGUGACGUCAACGAGUACGAUGAUGAUCUCACCGCCGACAAUGGAGAUGUAAACAAGAGAGAAGAUCAUAAGAUCAGUGAUGAUGAUGAUGAUGAUUCCAUGGCUUCGGAUGCAUCAUCACGUCCGAGCCAACAAGAAGUAGGUUCGGGUAAGAAGAAAAAGAAGAAGGUAACUGAUGAUGAUCAUAAUAAGAGGAAUGGUAAGGAGGAGAUGAUGAAAAAGAAGAUGAUGAUGAAGAAGAAGGUUUAAUGGUUGACAUUUGAAUUUUAAAUUAAUUAAAAGAAAAUAUAGUAAAAUGGAAUGUCUUAAAAAAAAAUUAAAACUUUUUGGGAUUGGGUUGAUUGAGAAUAUAUGUUUUUGGGUUUAAUAUGAAGUGUUUGUUGUUUGAUGGGUUUAAUUAAUUAGUUGUAUUUCAUUAUCAUGUUUAAUUUA